CAGCUGAUUAGCUCGAUGGGGGCGGGUUCAAAUACGGCUGGAAGCCAUCUUGAACGGUUGGUUGACAAGACGACUCUUUGGUAGUCAGCUAAAAAUUGACAAGCGCUACACCUUCGUACCGUGUUGUGAACCGGCUGUUUCCGUUGUUCGAGAGUUGGGGGAAACCUGAGGAAGGACGCAGCGGCUCAGUUAGGCUGAACAAGAUGGCUAGCUGAACGGUCGGCCAGUACUUGGAAGCUAGCUAAGCCCCCUGGCGUGUGUGGUUCCGCAAAUCUAUGCUGAGCACUAACUUAAUAAAGGAAUAUAUACUGAGAAAUCUCAAAGCAGAGGAGAGGUUUCUGAACUCUUUGUGACCUGGAAACAACAUAAAAGAAAAGACAAGAAAAGAUAAAAGAUUUAAAGACUUAAUUUAGGUCUGCUUUGCAUUUAGAGAUAUUCCAGAAGAGAGAACUCUCCUAGUUCAGAGAUUGAUAAGAGGUUUUGUUGUUAAUUGGAUCGAGGUAAACAAGUGAACAUGAGUACUGCCAGGACCGAGAACCCAGUCAUUUUGGGCUUGUCUAACCAAAACGGACAGCUCAGAGGCUCAGUGAAGCCUGCUGGCGCGCCAGGUGGGGGCGGAGGAGGCCCACAACAACAGCUAAAUCAGUUGAAAGGCACAAUAAAUAAUGGUAAUUCUCAGCCGGCACCUACAACCAACGCCGUCAUCAAGCCUGGAGAUGACUGGAAGAAAAAUUUAAAAUUGCCCCCAAAGGACAUGAGGAUGAAAACUUCGGAUGUGACAGCAACAAAAGGCAAUGAGUUUGAAGACUAUUGCUUGAAGAGGGAGCUGCUCAUGGGAAUCUUUGAGAUGGGCUGGGAAAAGCCGUCACCAAUUCAGGAGGAAAGCAUUCCCAUUGCACUGUCAGGGAGGGAUAUUUUGGCCAGAGCCAAGAAUGGCACGGGAAAGAGUGGAGCCUACCUCAUUCCCUUACUUGAACGCAUUGACCUGAAGAAGGACUGCAUACAAGCUUUGGUCAUAGUGCCCACCAGAGAACUUGCUCUGCAAGUAAGCCAAAUAUGUAUCCAGGUCAGCAAACACAUGGGUGGUGUGAAGGUGAUGGCAACCACUGGUGGAACCAACCUACGUGAUGACAUCAUGAGACUCGAUGAAACGGUACAUGUGGUCAUUGCCACUCCUGGGAGGAUUUUAGAUCUUAUCAAGAAAGGAGUGGCCAAAGUGAAUCAAGUGCAGAUGAUUGUUUUGGAUGAGGCUGACAAACUCCUGUCUCAGGACUUUGUGGUCAUGAUGGAGGAGAUACUAGGCUUCCUGUCCAAACAGAGGCAGAUUCUGCUCUAUUCUGCAACCUUCCCUCUGAGUGUGCAGAAGUUUAUGAAUGCUCACCUACAGAAACCCUACGAGAUCAACCUAAUGGAGGAGCUUACGUUGAAGGGUGUGACUCAGUAUUAUGCUUACGUAACUGAAAGGCAAAAGGUCCAUUGCCUUAACACCUUGUUCUCCAGGCUCCAGAUAAACCAGUCCAUAAUCUUCUGCAACUCCUCUCAGAGAGUAGAGCUUCUUGCCAAGAAGAUCUCACAGCUUGGUUAUUCGUGUUUUUACAUUCAUGCCAAGAUGAGACAGGAGCAUCGCAACCGCGUGUUCCAUGACUUUAGAAAUGGCCUGUGUCGGAAUCUUGUCUGCACUGACCUUUUCACAAGAGGAAUUGACAUUCAAGCUGUGAAUGUUGUGAUCAAUUUUGACUUUCCGAAGCUGGGAGAAACGUACCUUCAUCGCAUUGGUAGAUCAGGUCGCUUUGGACACCUCGGUCUUGCUAUCAAUCUCAUCACUUAUGAUGAUCGCUUCAACCUGAAAGGAAUUGAGGAGCAGCUUGGAACAGAGAUCAAGCCCAUCCCUGGCAUUAUUGACAAGAGCCUAUAUGUGGCAGAGUACCACAGCGAGAGUGGCGAAGAGGUCAAGCCAUGAGCCAAUCAGUCCAUCCUUCAUUCCCAUUUGUACCUUCCCCUGUCACACCAUCAUUUUCCCCCUCCUUUUGUAAAUGUACAGUUUCCUUUUAUUUUUCUUUUUGGGAUGCCACCACAAGGAUGUGUAUUUUGAUGGACACCUUUAGGAAGAACUCAUUUGCCUUUUAUAGGGCUCUGUGCUGCACCACUACAAUCUGAAGACAUGAGCACCAGGAGGAAAGCAUGGGACCGUGGUGAAAUUAUACUGAAGCAUGAUGUGACUGUUCAUAUCAAACGAAAACCAGCACCGACAGACCCCAUGAUGUUCUCCAUUCUCCAUCUUUUAUUUUGGAAGUUUUAACCAGUUUGUACCAAGUGCCUUAACAAGCAGUUAAACUCAUUCUAAAGUAAUAACCCUUCAUCGUGUUCCAUCCUGCAUUCUCCAUCCCACACAGUCACUCGAUUCACCUAACUGGAAGUUGUUACACUAAUUUAAUGUCUGGCCACAAUAGGUGAAGUCAUAAGUCUUUUUGGUUGAGUCAUGGAGGAAUGGAGAAAAUUAGAACGAGGGUCUGGUGUGAAUUAUCGUUUUGCUGGCUUAGCUGCACACGGCUCUGGCUGAAAAAAUUAGGACAAACUUGGAUUUUCCAUGGACAGAAAUGCUGGAUGUUUUUCCAAGAGACAGCCAGACUGUCCAGCUGCGUGUGAUGAAGCUUGUGCUUCUAAAAGACCCAGAGCCUUUCCUGUCUUCAGCAUCAGAACACUAAAGAUGAAUCAGCAGCUUAACACCAUGAGUCAUGAGGAUUCCUGUUUCAGUGAAGUUAAAGUUGGAGCGAACACUUUUUUUUUUUUUUUUUUUUUUUUUGGUCCCGUUUCACCUUCCUGUGGGUGGCCAUACUUAAUUCUCUGAUGUGCAGCCGACGCUUUGGCUUCACAUCACAACUUGUGUAUAUACUUUCAUUUUAAGAUUGUUUUAAACAAGUUCAAAAGGCUGGAUGACAAACUUAAAAAAAGCUUUUCCCCUUUCUCACAUGUUAGCACUGGAAAAUGUCAGUUUGGAUUUAUUUAUAGUUUUAAAAAUUGCUGAAUUUAUUUGAACCUAAACAUUUAAAAUACCCAGUGUAUGAGAUGUUUCUGGAGGCAGAGUUCAUCACUAUGAAUCUUUUAGCCCCUCCAAAUUUGAGUAAAAUAGUAAAAAAAAGCUGCACUUAAAGUGAAAUUCUUUAAACUGCCCGAUCAUCUGCUACCAGUGUUAACUAGUGUUCAGUUAGACAGACUGCUUUAUUAAGCUUGUGCAUUUGAGUAAUGAAUUCUUUGUUGUCACCAGCCUUAACUUGUGAAACCGACUCUUGAAACACUCUAAGAUCUCCAGUUGUUGAGUGUUGUCAUUGGAAGAGAAAAUAAUAUUCUAUCAUGUAGUAGUAGUAGUACUUGCUGCAGUGCAGCUGAAUUGGCAGAGAAUUUGUCUUCUGGGGGACCUUUUAGCUGUUACGUGGAUCUGUGCUCUGUUGGCGCAGCUGCAUUUCUUCACAGCUGUUGGUUGGAUGCUGUGACGUUAAUUCCCCCAUUCUGAAGAAAGUCGGCCAAAUGCAUCAAAACGAACCAUCUGCCCUAAAAUGUAGCAGGAAUCCCUUCUGUGCAUCGCAAGCUAGGCGGCGUUCCCGGCCACUGAAGAUGCUUUGCUUUAAAAAAAAACCAACAACCUGAGCAGGUUGGGCUGCACUUAUUAACGCACAGACAUGGGUUCAGGCAAUAACACUGACUGCACUGCUUUUUGUACGCUCACGAUGCGCAAGUGGAAGAGAAGUUUAUGUUGGUGCAAAUCACAAAAAAUUGGCACAGAGGCAAAAUGGGCAUGAUGGAACACAAUUACUAUUAGUCAGGCUUCUUACAAAAGCUCGGGCGCCUCAGACAGCUGAGCUCAGCGCUUUUGCCCUUUUUAUUUUGAUAGUUUGGGUUUGGGUUACAUGGCGGAUCCGUUCUUGGCAUUUUAAUGCCUUAUGACUGGCUUCAUUUGUUUAACGGCCCUGACUGGCUGUUCAGUCAGGACCUUUUUGCAAACUGGCUUCCCUUUUUAUAAUGGUGAGAUGCUCUCAGCUGUUCUAAUCAUUGAGAAGUAUUACUGCACAUUUAAUGACAUUGAUGAAAGGUUACUCUGUAUUUCUCUUUGGUUAGGACUGAUCCCUGUUCCCUUAAGUAGAGUGUACCCAGGUUACUUGCAGAUCUAAUUUGGCUGUUUUGGCUUAUUCUUUAGGGUGGGUGGGUGUUUUGUUUAAGCUUUUUAAAUUUUUUUUUUUUUUUAUUCCAAGAAAAUUAAGCAAAUUGAACUAGUUAAGUGAACAGGGACGUUAUUACAGACACUUGGCAGCUGUCUGUUUCUCAUCAGCCCACUGGCAGUAAUUCACCACAGUGAACGAGUGUGACAUUAAAGUGAACAUCUGCAGAUUCUGGGUUUGAACCUGUGCUGCUUUACUGCCAGUGGCUGUCGUUUGAGAACCUUAAAGACUGAGACAAGAGCAUCUUGCCCUCGAUUGGGUGAAUAAUUGGAUCGUUUGACAAACUAAAUUGUCUCAUUCUUUAGGGUCUUUUUAAAAUUGCGGGGUGGUUAAAUUUGUGAACUCGCUGCCCUGAUGCUGACGUUCAUCCUCUUCUAGGUUGUGACAGACUUGCGAGUUAUUGUACUGUUCGACUGUUCCAUUGCUUAUCUGUUGAAGGAUGUAAGAGGAGUCCUGUUCAAGGCAUUCUUUCAGAACUGAAGCAUCAGUUAAAAUAAUGGGGAGGGAUUUGGUGGACGUUAGAGAACAUGAUGUCUUAAGAUCCAAAGUUAUGGUAAUGGGGUUAAAAAGCUAAAGAAAAGUUACCCUUGGAUUUGUUUUUGUUUCAAUGACAUGUUCGACUGGAGAACAUUAAGUCUCCAAAUUUAAGUCAAGGGUUUAAAUCCAGAUUUUUUUUUUUUGAUGGAAAUUUGGUUAAUUGGCAGUUCUGUUUCAGUGAAGCUAAUUUUACAAUGGACUUAAAUUUAAAUGUCAUGAUCAUUAUUGGGUACGAUUGACGCAUUGGUUGAUAAUAAAGCUCACUGAAGUUUA